AUGUCUCAAAAAAUAGAAAAUAUAAAUCAUUGUCCGGCAGGUCAUUCUUUCGAGGAUUUCGUUUAUUCUUAUUACAAAAAUCUCAUUAAGUCUGAUGGAAAAUGUUCUUUAUGUACCAAAGAACAUUUUAUCCAAGAGUUUAAAACUUGGUCUACAGAUGGUCGCCAUGCAUCUGUGUAUUCGGCCAAAUUAGAAAAUGGAAUAAAAGUGGAUUGGAAUUUUAUUAAACAGGGUUGGGAAUAUCGUUUAAUUGGCCGCAAAGUUGCUUUAAAAGAAAUAAAAGAUUCGAGAUAUGAUAUAGCUGAAUUUCUUAAAGUGGUAUGGUGGAAAUCAAAAAUACAAAUAUUAAGUUUAAUAGCAUCGGGUCUUGAAAGCUUACAUGAAAAAAAUUUUGUUCAUUGUGACCUUCGAAGUGGAAAUAUUUUGAUAGAUUAUUUUGACUUAGAAUUAGAAAUAGAUUUAAGUUUACGUAAUUUUGAAAUCAUUUAA